UUCUGGCGUUGAGGUGAGGGAUCGGCGCCCACUUGCUGCCCACGUACACGCCGGGGCGCAGACCGGGAGAUGAUCCUCCUGUCCAGCCCACAGGGACCAGGGCUGGACUUUUCAGGGUAGCCCCGCCCUUCCCAACGCUCCAAACCCCAGCAGUAUUUUUGAGCCAGUGAUUGAGGAGCCGUUUGGAAUCGCUGUGAUCCACAGCCCAGGGAAUCAAUACGCUGGGAAGCGUGCGGGACAUGGUUGACCCCGGGCGGGGCUCUCGAUCACAGCCCUUGUGUUGACGUGCCUCUGAAUCCGGUAGCAGCCCAGCGCCGGGGGCGAAGAGACCAGGAUAUCCAGCCGUGAGGAACCUUGGAAAGUUGGCAACACGGCUGGAAUGUUCCGAUCUCGUCCCUGGAUCUAUAAGGACUUGGCACUUCCUCCCCCCCAAUCCACCCCCUGACUCCACCUGUCUGAAACGACUCUGAGUGUUCAUUUUUAAGAGACUGAAUGGUGUUCCUGCUUCCCUCCAAUACAAUGACUGAACAUUAACCCUAGCCUUACAGGGAAAGAGAGUCCAGCUUCUGUCGACUGGUCCCGCCACUACAUCAUGCCUUCCUUUCCCCUCGAUGAAGAUGAUCAGGGUACAUCCAGUCUGGCUCUGAAGGCGGGGCUGCCAUUUAAAAACACCGGAGUUGGGAAAAGGAACAUCAGAAUGAAGAAAAAAAAGAGAGGAGCGAUUACUGCCAACUUCUCCGGCACCAAGUAUCAAAUAGUGCGCAUGGCAAUUCUGGAGGCCGGAUUCACGAGAGCGCGGGAGGAGGACGAGACGGCCAACCUCAUCUGGAAUGAUGCAGCCGUACAGCAGGAGAGGAUCGCGGAUCUGAGGAACUAUCAGAGGAUCAACCACUUCCCAGGAAUGGGGGAGAUUUGCCGCAAGGACUGUCUGGCGAGGAACAUGGCCAAAAUGAUCAAGAGCCAGUCUCAGGAAUACUGUUUCACCCCAAGAACAUGGAUCUUCCCGGCAGAAUACACCCAGUUCCAGAACUGCGUCAAGGAGCUACGGAAAAAGCGCAGACAGAAGACCUUCAUAGUCAAGCCAGCCAACGGAGCAAUGGGCCAUGGAAUCUCAUUGAUAAGAAAUGGAGAUAAACUACAGGCUCAUGAACACUUAAUAGUGCAGGAGUACCUGGACAAGCCAUUCCUCCUGGAAGGUUACAAGUUUGACCUCCGCAUCUACAUCCUGGUGACCUCUUGUGACCCCUUGCGGAUAUUCUUGUAUAAUGACGGACUGGUGCGUAUGGGCACAGAGAAAUACCAUGCACCCACCGACGCCAACCUGAGCCAGCUGUUCAUGCACUUGACCAAUUAUUCAGUCAACAAGCACAACGAAAACUUUGGCCGAGCAGAGCAGGCGGACCGGGGCAGCAAGAGGUCGAUCAGGUGGUUCACCGAAUUCCUUCGAACCAAUGACUAUGACGUGGCGAAGUUCUGGAACGAUGUCUCUGAGCUUGUGGUGAAGACCCUGAUCGUAGCGGAGCCUCACGUCUUACACGCCUACCGGAUGUGUCGUCCUGGGCAACAGCCCGGCAGUAGCAGCGUUUGCUUCGAGGUUCUUGGCUUUGACAUUAUUUUGGACAGGAAGUUGAAACCGUGGCUCUUGGAGAUUAAUCGAGCUCCGAGCUUUGGGACAGACCAGAAGAUAGACUAUGAUGUGAAGAAGGGGGUCCUGGUCCAUGCCUUGAAGCUGUUGAAUGUGCGAACCAGCGACAGGAGGAAGAACCUGGUGCAGCAGAAAGCCGAGGCCCAGAAGCGGCUCUAUGGACAAGGGACGGGGAAACGCCUGUCACCGGGUUCCUCUGAGUGGGAGAAGAAGAGACACUCGUUGCAGAGGAGGAGAGAGGAGCUGAAGGAAAGACUUGCCCAGGUCCGCAAGCAGAUUUCUCGGGAAGAACACGAAAACCAGAAUCUGGGGAAUUACAGGAGGAUCUACCCCCCCGAUGACAAGCAGCUGCUGGAGAAGUAUGAGAACCUGCUGUGUGUUGCCUUCCAGACUUUCCUGGCCAGUAGAGCGGCCUCGCUCCAGAAGGAGCUCAGCAACCCGCUGAACCACAUGAAGGAGGAAGAUAUCUUGGACUUGCUGGAACAAUGCGAGGAGGAUGAUGAAAAGUUACUGGGGAAAUCACCUCGACAGCGGGGUCCCAAGCCGCUGUACUCGAUGCCCGAGACUACAGAACCCACCUCAAGGAAGCACAAGGAUGACAGCAGCUCCAGCGGAAAUAGCAGCUGCUCUUCCGACUCUGAAGAUGGGGGCCUGGAAGAGGAAAAGGUCGCUGACUAUGGAUUAGAAAGGAAGUUCAAAUUCCCGGAGCGAUUUGGAGAAGACAGAGAGACCACGCGAGAGGACACGCAGGUUUGGGCUGAGGGUGAGCAGCGACAGAACAGUGGAAGUGAACCGGAGGAGAAAGGCCGAGUCCAUCACGUUCAACACUGGUGCCAGAGAAGUAGGAUCCAAAGGAACCCCCCGGCAUCAAGGAAAAAGCCAUCCCCUUCAAUGUCACCAACUACACCUGUGCCAAUCAGACGCUCUACCUCCUGCCCCCGUUCCAUUGCUUCCCUGGCAACGCCACCACAAUCACAGGCGGCAGAGCCACGAUCCACAUCCGCCAAACCCGCCAUGCCCUUGUCCAGACUGGCGUCAGGCUCUCGGUCGCAAUCUCUGAAUCGCAACACCAUUACCCAGCAGAUGCCACACAGUACCAGCCUGGGCACCAUCCAUUCAGGACCGGGGAAAUCUCGGCAGCACAGAGAGAGAUCCCCAAACCUCUGGAAGGGAAAGCGUGUCUCCUUUGUGAAUUUUAGAACAAAGGAGCAGGAAGAAGAAUUGACUAAAGAAACGCAGGUGGCUCUCAAUGAGAUGAGAAUCAAGUUCCCUGGGAAAUCAAAUGAAGAAGCUGAGGUGCUGCUGGAUGAGAUACUGGACAACUGGAAAUAUCACAAACCUAAGGUGGCUUCCUAUUGGUUGGUGAAACUGGACUCCACAAAGCAGCGCAAGGUGCUGGACAUCGUGCGGACGAAUGUUCGAUCCAUCAUGCAGCGGGUCUGGAAGGUGCAGGACGUAGAAACUCUCCGCCUGUACCGUAUCUUCAACCGGGUUUUCAGCCGCUUGCUCUGGAGCCAUGGACAGGGCCUGUGGAAUUGCUUCUCCAAUUCCGGACGGAGCUCUUGGGAAACGAUGUUCAACAGGAAUGUGGAAGGCAUCACUCCACAGGAACUGCAAUGCUGCCAGCGGCUGGUGCACCUGUGCAAGGAUUGCCUGCUCCUGGUUUACCGAUACGCAGCUGACUUCAAGGGCUCCCUGCCUGGAUUCGUUCACGAAUGGGAUGAACACAGGUCCCUGCCGCCCUCGGGAUUCCAACUGACGGUGAAGACCCUGCCGACGGGCUUCGGCCGCAGCUCUGCCGGCCUGCCCCGUUCCCGCAGCCUCUACACCAGCAGACUCGGCCAACGUUGACCCUCCUGUGGCCAGGAUCACCGCUUUCCCCUCACCUGAUGCCCGGCUGAGUGGAGGGGGUCUGGGGAGGCGGGUCAGGGAGCUCUGACCUUUGAACCUCCCUCGGCCUGGAGGGUUUGUGGGGGUGAGGGGGGUGGGAGGGAGGUGAAGAGGAUUUCCACCUGCUACAUGCAGUGACCUCAUCUCAAAGGGACUUGGAGUGUGGGGGGAAGGUCUCAGCUUUGCUUUUAGCCCUGAGUUGCCUCCAGGACCCCCAUUGCUACCCCCCUACCUCCAACCCCCCAGGAAAUGUGGGGUCAGGAGUGGUUGGCGAAUCAUGUGUCUUAGCUCAAAAGAAAUCCCAUAGAGAUAGCAAGAGAAUGUUACUUUAAAUCCGUGCUGCUAAUUGUUGCAAUGGAAUUGCAUUGGCUUCAUCACAGUUGCACUUGGAUUAUCUGCAGAUGACAUUUACAUUCCUGUUAACACUGGGGCUUGUUACCUCAAUACUUUUCUUUCACGGUCUGGAUGUCAUUCAUAAGACCAACAUUUAUUGCCGAUCCCAAAUAGUCAUAGAUCCACAGAGCAAUACAGCACGGAUACAGGCCCUUUGGCCCAACCGGUCCAUGCCGACCACGGUGCCCACCCAGCUAGUCCCAAUUUCCUGCACUCGGCCCAUAUCCCUCCAAGCCCCGUCCCUCCACGUGCCUAUCCAAGUGCUUCUUAAAUGAUUGUACCUGCCUCACCCACUUCCUCUGGCAGCUUGUUCCAUACAAUCACCACCCUCUGCGUGAAAAAGUUGCCCCACAGGUCGCUUCUAAAUCUUUCCCCUCUCACCCUAAACCUAUGCCCUCUGGUUUUGGACUCCCCUACCUUGGGGAAAAGACUGUUACCAUCCGCCUUAUCUGUACCCCUCACAAUUUUAUAAACCACCAUAAGAUCACCCCCAUUCCCUUUUGCUCCAAGGAAUAAAGACCUUGCCUGGCCAACCCCUCCCUAUAACUCACGCCCUCUAGUCCUGGUAACAUCCUUAUAAA